AUGCCGAGCAUAGCCAAGACCACAACCAAGCAUCAUUGCCCCAAGAAAGGCAGAGGCCAAGGCAACUGCCGGCCAGGCAAGGGAUACUGUCUCGAACACCAAAUGAAAUGCCCACUCGGGCAUAAAAAGGCGUACCUCAAAACAGAGCCAUGUCCGCAAUGCGACGGUGAUACUACCCACGAUGAUAGAAGAGAAGCCCAGACGUAUUCUCAGCGGAGAGUCGCCGAAGUCGCGAACUCCUCUCGCAUGACAGACAAGGGGAAAGGCAAACGAGGUAAAUACGUAUGA